GCGGUUGGUCAAUGACUGGUUCGCCGUGCUGAAAGGACGCUCAAAGAGAAGACAGGAAAGUACCACGGGACAGCUGCAGUGGGACAGUCAGACAUCCAGCAUGCGCGCUCUGGUGGUUUUGCCCCUGCUCUUGUGUGCGGUGGCGUGCGUGGGCCAGGUGAGGGCAGACGUGAAGGCGGUGAAGCUGUGCGGCCGGGAGUUCCUGAGGGCCGUGGUGUACACCUGCGGAGGCUCCCGCUGGAGGAGGGUGUUAAGCGAACCAGACAUGGAUGGUUUGCCCACAGGGGAGCACAGCAGCCUGGAGAGCCUCGGGGGGCCGAGCUCCGAGGUGACCAAACGGGACAUUAACAACGUGCUGACCACCUUGUGCUGUCAGGUGGGCUGCAGGAAGAGCGACCUCACCUUCCUCUGCUGAGGAUGAACCCUCUGGUUUCUGGUUCUCACACCCACAGUAGCGACCGGAGUGACUGUGCUCCCCACACGGCCAUGCCUUACUAAGAAAGAAAAAAAAAAAAAAAAAAACAAAUCUGAAGAAAUCACAUGCUGAAGUCUAACAGUACGAUCACUUUCUGUUUGUAGAUGUGAAUGUGGACCACUAGAGCGUCUGUGAACAUGUUUCUAUACCUGAGCUGGAAGAUAUGUGCAACCAUAAAUAUAUAUAUAUAUAAAUUAUAAUAUAAGCAGAGAUGGUAUUAAAAGUUGCAGGACAGAUGUCUGUGUCCUGUACAUGUACGUAACAAGUAUCCACAGGGUUGCAGGUGUGUGAAAUCUUCAGACUUUGCUUUGAUUUGUUUUAUUUUUUAACUUGAGCUGUAAUCUGUUAUUUCACUAUUUUUGUCAAUUAAACGUUCUUGCACAGGG